GGGCUCCUGAAAAAACCCCCUGAAAGAGAAACAUGCCACGGAGGAAACAGCAAGCGCCCCGGCGCUCUGCAGCAUAUGUGCCAGAAGAGCUAAAGGAGGCUGCCUUACUAGAUGAAGAUGUUGAAGGAGAUGAUUCACCUGUGGAGGAGGAACCUGCCAUGAAGUAUGUGUGCCAGGACAAUGACUUACUCCUUAAAGACAGGCAAGGCUUCCAUGACUCUCCACCGGCGGAUUUCUCCAGCCAUGAAAUGGACAGCGAGUCACACCUGAGUGAGUCCAGUGACCGCAUGUCAGACUUUGAGAGUGCCUCAGUGAAGAACGAAGAAGAUAGUUCAGCCAAGGAGCCCCUCACGUCUCUUUCAUCAACUUCAUCUGUGAUGAUGACGACAACAGCCAUGCCAAGCAGUGAGGAGGCAACAACAUUAGGCCCAGACAGCCUGGAGCAGAUGAAAGCUAUCUACACUAGCUUCCUGACCAACUCCUACUGGUCAUCUCUGAAUUUGAAUAUGUCUCAACAAUCAGCAGAAAAGCCCCCACGUAGUCAUAGUAGCAGCAGCAGUAGUAGCAGCAGCAGUAGCUGUGGUAGUGGCGGUUACGACUGGCACCAGACAGCAAUGGCUAAGACCUUGCAGAAUGUUUCACAGAACCAGAGUAGACUGCUGCACCCAGCAUCUGAGCCAAACCUCUUCAGUACUGUGCAGCUUUAUCGGCAGAGCACCAAACUCUAUGGUUCCAUCUUCACUGGUGCAAGCAAGUUCCACUGCAAAGACUGCAGUGCUGCCUAUGACACUCUGGUCGAGCUCACCGUGCACAUGAAUGAGACGGGCCAUUACCGAGAUGAUAACCAUGAGACAGACAGUGAAGGUGCCAAGCGCUGGUCGAAGCCUCGCAAGCGUUCCCUGCGGGAGAUGGAAGGAAAAGAGGAUGCCCAGAAAGUUCUAAAGUGCAUGUACUGUGGCCAUUCCUUUGAGUCACUGCAGGACCUUAGUGUUCACAUGAUAAAGACAAAACACUACCAGAAAGUGCCUCUUAAGGAACCAGUAACUCCUGUGGCAGCCAAGAUUAUCUCUUCAGCUCGUAAAAGAGCCCCCAUUGAGCUAGAACUCCCCAGCUCACCAGAUUCCAAUGGUGGCACCCCCAAGCCUACUUUGUCUGACCCCAAUGACCUUCUUCAAAAGACCCCCAAUCCCUAUAUCACACCUAACAAUCGGUAUGGACACCAGAAUGGAGCUAGUUAUGCAUGGCAGUUUGAGUCACGAAAAUCCCAGAUUCUGAAGUGCAUGGAGUGUGGAAGCUCACAUGACACACUACAGGAGCUGACAGCCCAUAUGAUGGUCACAGGACACUUCAUCAAGGUUACUAAUUCUGCCAUCAAGAAAGGCAAACCUAUCAUGGAGUCGAUGUCCACAACGGCUCCUAACACCAUACCUACUAAUGAAGACAAGGUACAGUCAGUGCCACUGGCUGCCACCGCAUUUUCCCCACCACCACCUGCACCUCCUCCCCCUAGUAUCUCCCCUGCCAUCACACCCAUGGAGAUUAAAAAGGAGGAGAAGGAAGUGGAAUGUACCAAGGAGACAAAUGAUAGCAAAGACAAGAAGGCAACAGAAAGUGAGACUGACGAGAAGUUUGAAGUCUCAUCCAAAUAUUCAUAUUUGACAGAGGAAGAUCUUGAAGAAAACCCUAAGGGGGGGUUUGACAUUCUGAAGUCUCUCGAGAAUACAGUAACAUCUGCCAUUAACAAAGCACAGAAUGGCACACCCAGCUGGGGAGGCUACCCCAGUAUUCACGCUGCCUACCAGCUUCCAAACAUUAUGAAACUGUCCCUGCGCAACUCAGGGAAAAGUUAUCCUCUGAAAUAUAUGUUUUCUGGAGAAGAGAUCCUGUCUCCUAUCAAAAGCCAACCUCUAAUUUCUCCACCUAGUUGCCAAGCAUCCCCUUUGCCCAAAAACAACUUCCAUGCCAUGGAGGAGCUAGUCAAAAAAGUCACAGAAAAAGUGGCCAAAGUAGAGGAGAACAUGAGGGAUCCUGGAGCUAGAUCUUCCCCCCUUAGACGGACCACACCCUCCCCUUGCAGUAGCGAUGCAGGGGAAUCUGCCAGAGGCGAGUCCCCAAAGGAAAGGAGAGGAGCCAAAACCCCUGAGACUAAUGGUGGCGGAAACACUCACAAAGACUCAAAUGGAGAUGCUCUUACAAAAGAGUCUCUGGAGAAUGGUACUGACCAUGUUGUCAAAGCCCCUAUGUCUACCUUAUGCAGCAGCACUGCUAUUAUAACCGACCAUCCUCCAGAGCAGCCAUUUGUCAACCCUUUAAGUGCGCUUCAGUCUGUCAUGAAUGUUCACCUAGGAAAAGCUGCCAAACCUGCCCUUCCGUCCCUUGACCCCAUGAGCAUGCUCUUCAAGAUGAGCAAUAGCCUGGCAGAGAAGGCAGCUAUUGCUGCCUCCACUCCAUCUCAGACCAAAAAAACCAACGAGCAUCUAGACCGCUACUUCUACCACAUCAACAAUGACCAGCCUAUUGAUCUGACCAAAGGCAAGAGCGAUAAGAGCAACUCCCUGGGAUCCGCUGCCCUGUCCUCCUCUACCUCCACUCCCACCUCAAUUUCACCAUCAUCAACCAUCACCAUGGCAAAAGCAUCAUCUGCUGUGGCUUCCUUCAUGUCCAACUCGCCUCUGCGUGAAAAUGCUCUGUCCGACAUCUCUGAUAUGCUACGCAACCUCACAGAGAGCCAUGCUUCCAAGUCCUCCACACCAACGAGUCUUUCAGAGCGUUCAGAUAUAGACGGAUCAACGCCAGAGGAAACAGAGGAGAUCUCUCCCGCUCAGAAACGAAAGGGUCGGCAGUCCAACUGGAAUCCUCAGCAUCUACAUAUCUUGCAGGCACAGUUUACCUCCAGUUUGCGGCACACGGGUGAUGGCAAGUAUAUUAUGUCAGACCUUAGUCCACAGGAGCGCAUGCAUAUUUCCCGCUUCACUGGCCUCUCAAUGACCACCAUCAGCCACUGGCUGGCCAACGUCAAAUACCAGCUGAGGCGGACAGGUAGCACAAAGUUCUUGAAAAAUCUAGACUCUGGCCACCCUGUCUUCUUCUGCAGUGACUGUGCAUCACAGAUACGUUCCCCCUCUACCUAUGUCAGCCAUCUUGAGUCACAUCUGGGCUUCCGGCUCAGGGACCUGGCCAAGUUGUCUGGAGAGCAUCUCGUUAGCCAGAUUUCACGCCAUAGCAAGGGGCUUUCUGAGAAACUGCUUUCAACCCAAGCGCAUUCUUUGGCCCAUUCAAUCCCCAACCCCAGCCCUCACUCACUUUCCCCCUCCCCUUCCAUAGAUGAGGAGGCAAAUGGCACCUCAUAUCAGUGUAAACUGUGUAAGCGGACUUUUGUCAGCAAGCACGCUGUCAAGCUCCAUCUAAGUAAGACCCAUGGUAAAUCCCCUGAGGACCAUCUUAUGUAUGUUAGUGAACUUGAGAAACAUUAGCGAUGACCAAGGACAAAAAAGGUCUCUCAUCUCUUUAUUUCCUGUCAUUUUUCAAGCCUUCUGACUAACAUUUCUUAAGGAAUAAAAAAUAUAUAUCUAUUAAAAGAACUGAAAGUAAUUAACGAAGAACUAAAUGCACAUAGAUGCCAGAAAACUACUGCUUAUUUGUGGCACAACUUUUGGAGUUUUCCUCUGGGGAACACUCAUUUGGCCCUAGGGACAUUAAUUUUCUGCAUUUUUAGUUCACAAUGGAAAGCUGAGAAAAUGAUAACAAAUUAUUUUCUAACUGUGCAGUACUGAGUGAAGAGAUCACUGGUAAAAUAUGAAGGUAAAUAAAAAAGACUAAAUGAAGUUGUUUGUAUUUGAAAGUUGUGUAAAUUUAAUUUUGUGGCAUCCUUGUGAUGCAGUAAGCUGCAUGCAUUAAUGAAAUGGUUUAGUUCAAUAUUUGAUAACUAAAUCUGGGCUUUUCUUUAUCUCUCUCUUUACUUCUCUCUCUCUUUUUUCCUUUUUCUUUUUUUAUGUGACCUAAGUAUGCUGGUAUCAGCAGAAAAAUUUAACCCUCUGAGUACGCCUAAAUACUUCUAUAUUUACAACA